CCUCGUGCUUUUGCCGAUGGGGCAUCCUCGCAACGGCAACUGGGGCAGCUGGGGCGUGCGACUUUUCCAGCUCGCGGCCCUUGUUGUACCGGUCAAUGGAGCGGUGAUAGAAGCAUCCAAUGCCAGUUUUGUCGACCUGCUUGCAGAGAACGAGGUGGUGAUCACCAUGUUCUACAGAAGCUGGUGCGGACAUUGCAAGCGCUUGAAGCCGGAGUACCAUAGGGCAGCCGAGCGGCUGGCGGCCACAAAGAGCAAGGUGCUCCUGGUACAAACUCAGGACGACGCGCUGUUCAAGCAAUAUGAGAUCAAAAUGGUUCCAUCGCUGUGGGUCUUUGCGAAUGGCAAGCAGCUAUAUCAGCACUAUGCCUGGGAGUUUGACGAUGUCUACGACUUCGCAUGGUCCUUUGAUGCUCUUCAUCUACCUGUAGGCUUCAUCUACAGACACUACCUUCGCCUUCGAAGUCUCUAUCGUUUUGGGCUGAAGGCUGCGCUGAAAGCCAUGAAGCUGAGAGCAGAUCACCCCUUGCAGCUCUAUUUGCCACACGUCUUGGCGCCGGCGCUGGUUGGCUCUGUACUCGUCAUCGUUGCACCGAUUGCUUUGCUGCUCUAUGAGUCAGCAAAGAAGGCAAGAAAGGCGGAGGACAAGGAGAAGAAGUCCUGACGGCCAUGAGUGCAUGAGGAAGUUCUUUCCUCAAAGAGUAGAUAGCCAAGUAGAUUAAAUGUGGUAAACCCAAUAAUAAACCAUCCCC